AUGCCCGCGAUCGCGAUCGCGCGCGCGGCGCCGUGGUGGCACGUGAAGAACCACCCGACGAGCGGGAUCGCGCCCUGGCGCCUGAUGGAGAUGCUGUGGCGACACCGAGACGCGAUCGAUUGGACGCGGUCGAUGGUGCGGGUGGGGUUUUUGGCGACGCUGUCGAUGGUGAACGCGGUGUGGGCGCUCGUGGACGGGGCGCUGUGGGUGCGAUGGCGACGGACGCGGAUUCGGGACGAUCCGGUGUUCAUCAUCGGGCAUCCGAGGACGGGGACGACGCACGCGCAUAAUACGCUGGCGAUGGAUGAGGGACGGUUCGGGACGUGCACGACGUUCGACGUCGGGUUCCCGAACGGGUUCCUGACGAGCGAGUGGACGAAAGGGGCGCUGGAGUUGAUGAUGGAUGAGACGCGACCGAUGGAUAACAUGGAGCUCACGAUGAGUUCACCGCAGGAGGAUGAGUUGGCGACGAAUAUUUUAAGCGGGGGGGCGAGUCCGUACGCGGCGAUCAUGUUCAUGACGGAGGAAGAGCGGUUUCGAAAGUUUUAUGAGCUUCGAGAAGAUCACGAGGAGUAUCCCAUCGAGCCGAGCGAGCUCAAACGAUGGAAGUCCGCGUUUUUGACGUUCGUGAAGAAGCUGCAGUACAAGCGAGGGGAGGAUAAACGAUUGCUAUUAAAGUCUCCGGUGCACACCGCGCGCGUGCGCUUGCUGCGCGAGAUGUUUCCGCGCGCAUCCUUCAUCUUCAUGUCUCGACACCCCUACGACGUCUUCAGGUCUGCGGUGAACAUGGCAGAUAAAUACUAUUGGCAGUGCUAUUUCAAAGAGCCCACGGUGGCGCAGGUGUUGGAGUUCAUACUGAAACAGGGAGAAAUUUUGCACGACGCGUACAUUCGAGACGCCGCAGAGCUUCCGGCGGAGGCGCUGUACGAAAUUCGUUUCGAGGACCUCGACGCCAAUCUCGAGGGAACGAUGCGAAAACUGUACGAGCACUUCGGUUGGGACGACUUUGAGGACGCGCUCGCGCCUAAACUGCGAGAUUACUCAGAGUCGUUGCGAAACUUCAAGAAGAACAGCUUUAGCGAGCUCGACGAGGAGACGAAGAAAAUCGUCCAGCGGCGGUGGGCGCGAUGGUUCACCGACCUCAAUUAUAAAACAUAG